UUAAGAAAAUAAAAAUAAUAGAUUUCUUUUUCUUGCUAAAACCAGUUUAAACUUGUUUCUGUUGCAUGUAUCCAAUCUUAACUGCUGGAUAAUAUCAUUUGUAUAAAUAUAACUCCAUGUACCCAUUCUUCCGUUGAUAGUCAUUUUAUUUUCAAUUUUUUUCACUCUUAGAAGCAAAACGGUAAUGAACUUCUUGCAUGUGUCUCUCUGCGCAUAUUCAUUAAUUUCUCUAGGGCAUAUACCUAGAAUUGCAAUUGUCACAGCCUUGGGAUUUUAAUUUCCAAAAUCUGACUCUGCCUUUUCCUGCACUUUCUUACGCUUUCACUUCCAGCAAGCUGGAAGCCUUUUUAAACAUGUGGAAAUCAGAGAUAGUAGCCCUAAUAAGGGUACAAUAAUAAAUCAUUCUUUGCAAGACUACACCUGUUCUAGGGUUUCAUAAAGAUCUCUGCUCCUCCCAUGGCCAAUAACUCAGUGGUUCUGAUUUGAAAGCAGUAACUCUGUGACUCGCCACCUCGCGUAUUCCCCGGUGUGAGUGAGCCUGGAGUUCUCGUGUGUGGGGUGGAGGAACCGUGCUGGGGGCCCAUGAGGCUGGAGAGGCCGGCACAGGCCAGACCAUAACGGGCCACGUGUUUCAGGGCAAUGUACGUUGCGCUGGGGCUUACUGCCUUCCUUAGGACAGGGAUGGGGAGACCUCCAUCAUUUCAACCACAGGACACAGCAAUGGCAGGGAGCUGAAGUCCUACUGCUCUCUGAUCUUACUCCACUCUUCCCCUUCAAUCCCAUCCAAAUAGUGUGGAGGUUGGCCUCGAGGGUUCUCAACGUCCUUAAGCCCUGAGAGAUUUAAUACCUAUGCAUAAGGCCUUUCAUUUAUAGGGUUUUCCACCUGACGGACCCUCUUCCGCUGCCAUUUCGCUUUGGCGCCCUCUGGCGCCCACAAAGGAAGUGACGCGCCUGCGCUUCCCCCGCCCUCUGCCCUUCGUCUCUUCCCCGGGUCGAAUUGGUACCUAUACUUUUAGACACAGGGCCUAGCGGAAGAAUUCCGGGGCCUAAGACUAGAAGCGCGCGCUUAAAGCUCCCUCAGAUUGGUCCAGUGAGGGAAGGGGAGGGCUGUAGCAAACUCCACAAAAGUCAUUGGUCUCUUUCCUCAGGCUCCGCCCCGUAAGGCAAUCGAGAACUCCCGUAAUUGGUCGGAGCUCUGGAGGCGGGGCUUCGGGUGUGGCGCGUGGGUUUUCCGUGAAGUCGCGGCUGCAGCGGGUGGGCGGCAUGUCUGUGGCCGGUGGGGAGAUUCGUGGGGACACGGGGGGAGAGGACACUGCUGCUCCCGGCCGGUUCAGCUUCAGCCCGGAGCCCACGCUCGAGGACAUCCGCCGCCUCCAUGCUGAGUUUGCUGCAGAACGAGACUGGGAACAGUUCCAUCAGCCUCGGAACCUCCUCCUGGCCUUGGUUGGGGAAGUGGGGGAGCUGGCAGAACUCUUUCAGUGGAAAACCGAUGGGGAACCUGGCCCCCAAGGCUGGUCCCCCAGGGAACGGGCAGCCCUUCAAGAGGAGCUUAGUGACGUCCUCAUCUACCUGGUGGCAUUAGCAGCCCGCUGCCGUGUGGAUCUGCCACUAGCAGUGCUCUCCAAAAUGGACAUCAACCGGCAACGCUACCCAGCCCAUCUGGCCCGCAGCUCUUCCCGCAAGUAUACAGAAUUGCCCCAUGGGGCCAUUUCUGAAGACCAGGCUGUGGGGCCUGCGGACAUUCCCUGUGACUCCACAGGCCAGACCUCAACCUAGAAAGAUGGCCACAGGACUUGCAACUCAGGGUGGUGUCUGAAGAGCAGAGAGUGGCCUGGCCCUGGAGCCUUUUUCUAGUCUUUUCCGAAUAGAUCACGGGCCUGAGGCCUCCACUUCUUGAGUUCUGAGGCCCAGCAGCCUCUAGAAGGUAGCCUCCUGGUGUUCGUUCUCCCAGUAAAAUGGUUUUGGGCAAUAACUUCUAGAUUCUUCCUGGAUGGCCAGGGAGGCUCUCUGUCUCAGCAGGUGAUGGCGGGGGGACCAGGGGUGCCUCUGAGCCCCAUUCCCAUGUUUCUCUGUUGUACCUUUUGCCUGGGGCAGAGAGAUCUGGUUUCUAGCAAAUUCCCAGUAGGAUAUCAUGUAAAUUCCUUCCCCCUCUUAGAGAUUGAAGGCUGUAAGAGUCCAGAUGGUGGAGCCAGGCUGUCUGGGUUCAAAUGCCAUCUUUGACACUUGCAAGCUGAAUGACAUUACUCAAAUUAAUCGUUCUGCACUUCAGCUUCCUUGUCUAUCAAAUAAAAAGAAUAGUACCUGCCCAA